UACUUGGCUUGGCUCUCCUCUUACAUCUUACAUUGCUUCAACGUCCUGCACAUAUUCUCUCUCCCUCUCGCUCUCUGAAGUGGGAUAGUGUUCAGCCCGGGUGGUAAUUAGGUCAUAAGCCAUCUCUGACUCACUCAACGUCUCAUCCAUCGCCUUUCACACUUACCUAAUCAUCUGACAUCCCCAUGAGUGUCUUCAUGAGCUCUUGCCUUCUUGUUUUUCCUCCGGUCUUCCAUUCAGUUUCCUGAUCUUCUCCGCACGGCUCUUGUGAAUGUUCUCUAGAUCUCCUGCUCCUUCUUAACUCACUAGGCUUCAUACUGCUGCAUCAUGAGUCCUGGUCUUCAACGAUCAGAUGGAAAGACAAACCGUUCUAUCGAUGGGAGUUCGGAACAUAGUUUUGGACGGUUUGCUGAGGCGCAAGAGGCACCACCGCUGAAAAAUUACAUUUUUUUGACUAUUUUCACUUGCUUUUGUCCGGCAUGGCCUAUUAACAUUGUGGCGUUGGUUUUUUCUUUAAUGUCUCAAAGCAGUUAUGAUGCAGAAGACUAUGAAGGAGCGCAGAGGCUGGGGAGGAAGGCUCUUCAUAUGGGAAUCGCUUCCUUAGUCAUUGGCCUUGUGAUCAUAACGGUCUUCAGCGUUGUACACUUCACCACGAAUGCAAUCUGAUCGUGAAGAAAGCAGUACGACAGGAAGACUACAAUGUAAAUUGGUGGUGAUCAGUUCCAGUGAAUGCCGGAGGACACUGUGAGCUACACCCAGAAUGUGGUUUCACUGUGGUGGCACCAUGAGCUUGAACCAUCCCAGGUUUAUAAGUACUCAAUAUUUUCAAACGGAAUGUAUAAGUGGGUCUGAUUUGCUCAAAGCAUGGCCAAGAACCAAAACUACAGAAAAUCUUACAUUUAAUAUAAUAUUCAUACCAUCUCAGAAUGAUGUUGUCUAUUUCCGCAGGCAGUACAACUGCAUUUGUACGUCUGUAUUUGCUGAGUAUGAUGACAAAUCAAAUAUUGUAAAUGUGUAGUUUAGAGAUGUACAUUGUAUUUGUCCUAAAACAUACUAAAAGGAUGCUUGCAACCAAAUAGCUGAUGCUUUUACAGAAAAAAAGUGUUAUGUUUUAUGGGAGAAUGUAAAAUUACAUGAAGU